UACUACUGGUUUUGGAAAUGGAAUCUGCUGUUUUGAAUUAUUUGAAGUUUGAAAUGACAGCUCCAACAACUAAAUGUUUCUUGAGGCGAUUUGUUCGUGCAGCUCAGGGGAUCAAUGAGGUUCCAUGCUUGCAGUUAGAAUGCUUAUUAGCCAACUACAUUGCGGAAUUAUCUCUCUUAGAGUACAGCAUGCUCUGCCAUGCCCCUUCACUUAUAGCUGCUUCGGCAAUUUUCUUGGCCCAAUAUAUACUUUCCCCUGCAAAGAGACCAUGGAAUUCCACCUUGCAGCAAUACACACGUUACAAGCCUUCUGAUUUGUGUAACUGCGUCAAGGAUCUCCACCACCUGUGCUGUAAUAGCCAUAGUUCUAGCUUACCCGCUAUCAAGGAGAAAUACAGUCAGCAUAAGUACAAAUAUGUGGCAAAGAAGAAUUGCCCUCCUACGACACCUCCAGAGUUUUUCCAGAAUUGAAGUCACCAGACGUGUCUCUGGCCCAAUGCCUUAGUUGGAUGUAGACUUCAGGCCAGUGAUAAAAGCAGCCAGUUGGUUCCAAGCAAUAGAAUUUUUUUUUUUACUCCGAUAUUGUAUAAUAUUGAUGUAGCACAUAGUACUAUUUGUGCAUACUUUUGGGGUUUGUGCUGAUGAUUCUAUUGCUUCACUCAACAUAAGCUCCUAAGCUUUGUAUGA